AUGAAUAUGAGUCUGAAUGGCGUUUGUCUUUUUCCGGAUAUGAAAGAUUGGUUACGAUCCGAUUUUGAAGAAGAUCCAGUCGUCGAGCCAAAACCAAAAUCGACUGCGGCGAAUGCCUCGGCAGCAAUUCGUAGAGAAAAACAACUUGAAGCUGAAGCGGCAGCAGCUAUUGCAGAUAGUUCAUCAAUUAUCGAAAAGUAUAAAAAUGACUCAAAUACCACAAUUUUAAUCGAAGAUACUCUUCCGAUCGACGAUAAUGAAGCUGUAACAGAAAUAAAAGUUGAGAGUGAAGAUGUUUCCGAUGCAAUUCAACAAUUAAAAAUGAUUGAUGACAACAUUAGUGAUAGUUACGACGAUCUUAGUGAUCUUAUUGAAAAAAUGUAA